UGUUGUUGGUCGCGCUCUCAAAGGCAGUGUUGAUGUUUUGAGGCGUGUAACAUCGAAGAGAGAGAGAGAGAGAGAGAGUCUCUUUGCACCGAGGACAUUUUCUUUCCUUCCUUCCUGCUGUGGAUAAAGAUAAUAUCUAUCUUUAGAGCACAGAGUGGAGCUACAGUAUCAUCCACAUCACUUCCAACUUCCUGGUACAGUUACACUUUAAAGUUUUGGAGGCGGGGCUUAAAGAGGAGGCGGAGUCAUAUCAACCUGCAGUGACUCCGAGGCUUGUUUUUCACUCGGUGUCAGAAAGCUCAAGUGACAUGUCAGAAAGCUCAAGUGACACCGAGUCCUCAUGCGGAUGGACUGUCAUCAGCAACGAGGGCUCAGACAUCGAGACUCUGGGUCCCGACAUCGGGGCGGAUUAUGAGCCAGACGAAGCAGCUGGAGCUUCUGCAUCUGGGGAGCAGCCCGUUUCUGUACGAGCCGAGGAUGCAGAGGCAGUGGAACAAUCCUCUUUGGACGUUACGAUUAAAGAGGACGAGACGGAGCUGGAAGCUGAGUCUGGACAGCAAGCAGGAAAGGAGGCAGGUCAAGAGGACCACGUGCAUCUCUGCUCCUCCAGUGAUCACUCUGACAUCGUCACCCUCGGCGACUCCAGGGAGGCAGAGCUCGGGGUGUGGGAGGAGCCUGUCGCUAGGGAGGACGAGGAAACGGGGAACGAGGAGCUCUACCUGGGGACGUCGUCAAGCAGCCAGUACACGUUCAGUGCUGCAGAGACAACAGACUGGCUGAGGAGCACACGGGCGAUUUGUAGGAGCUUCAGAUGCUUUACGCAGCAGCUGCACACCAUCCCCUGUCUCUCAGUUUUCCCAGCGGAGUGCGCCGCACGCAGAGGCUCCAGCAGCACCAGCACUGAGGACGAGGAUGCCGAGACGAAGGCCAGCCCGGGGGUGGUUCGGAGGCGCAGGCUGAGGAGGAACACGACUGGCUCUGAGCCGGACGAGCAGAAGGAGAAAGAGGAGGAUGGACAUGAUGGUCAGGAGGAGGAAGAGGAGGAGGAGGUGGUGGUGGAGGCUGAGGAGCAGCGAGAAGCUCGCAUCCAACGUCAGAGACAGAACAGCGGAACCCUGAACAAGUGCAUCCUCCUCGCCCUCGUCAUAGCCAUCAGCAUGGGCUUCGGGCAUUUCUACGGCACGGUGCAGAUCCAGGAGAGGCAGCGGCUGGUGGAGAAGACUCGAGUGAACGAGCUGAGCGACAUCAGCAAGGAUGUGGUUGAGAGUCUGAAGGAUGAUCUAGAGGAGAAGCAAGACAUGGUGAUGUCCCUGACAGGCAUUAUGGAUAAGAUUACCAAAGAGAAUCAGCAUCUCAGAGCCAGAGAGGCUGAACUACAGGCUCAGAGGCAAGAUUUACUCGCACAGCUUCAGCAGGCCAAGAGUGAGAUGGAUUCUCGUCAGAAGCACCUUGCCUCAGAGAAUCGGGUGCUGAAGAGCACUCUGGAACGAGAGGAGGCAUCUCUCUUGGCCCUGCAGGACGAGCUCCGGCGUCUCCGGUCUCAGAUCCGCGAGCUUGAGGAGAAAGGAGCUGGCGCUGACUCAAUCCUCUCUGAAAACCAGCGCCUGAAGGACCACCUCCUGGAGGAGAAGCAGAGGAUCCGGAGCUACCUCAGCCAGAAGGAGGCACUGAUGGCAGAGGCUCAGGUGCUUCGGAAGGAGCUUGAUAAGGAGAGGAAAGUGACAGAUAAGCUGAGGGAGGAGCUGGAAGAGCUGAGCCAGCGAGAUACUGGGAUGCAAGGAGAAGGAGAGAUUGAUACCGAAACUGAGGAACUCCAGGCUCGACUUCGGGAACUGGAGAAGAAGCUGAGCUUUGAGCAGCAGCGUUCCGACCUGUGGGAGCGACUGUACGUGGAAUCAAAGGAAGACAGAGCCAAAGGAGACACUCAACCCAAGACCAGGAAAUCCAAAGAAGGCAUGCUCGGGAAGGUCAAGGAGACGUUUGAUGCAGUGAAGAACUCAACUAAGGAGUUUGUUCACCACCACAAGGAGCAGAUCAAGAAAGCCAAGGAAGCCGUCAAGGAGAACCUUAGGAAGUUUUCAGACUCUGUCAAAUCUACAUUUAGGCAUUUGAGGGACUCUACAUCAAACGUGUUUGAGAGAAUCCAAAGGCCACAGGACAAAAGAUUCAAUGAGAGGAAGGAAGCAAAAAUGGAGCAGCAACAAUUUCAGCAAGAGAGUUUCAAAGAACAACAAAACAAAAAACGUUCAGAGGAAGAACACUGGCAACAACACCGGCCCCUGCACCAACAUCCUCGCAAAUCCACAGUGGACUCCUCCUUCCAGGCAGACCACAACAUGCGCAAACCAGGUGCCCAGAAGCAGCAAAGAACUAUGGGAUGCAAAGCUGCGCCUAAAGGAUGCACUGGCGUCUUCGACUGCGCCUACCAAGAAUCCAUGAGCCUCUUCAACAAGGCCAUGGAGCCCAUAAGAGCGGACGAGUUCCACCAGCUCCUGCGCAGCUACCUGCAGCAGGAAGUGGGUCAUUUCCAUCACUGGAGGGAGCUCGAUAGCUUCAUUAACAGUUUCUUCCAGAACGGACUCUUUAUUCAUGAUCAGAUGCUGUUCACGGAUUUUGUCAGCGGAGUAGAAGACUACCUGGUGGACAUGGACGAGUACCAGGACAGGGAUGACGAUGUUUUUGAGGAUCUGGAUGAUUACAUAUACAAGCACUUCUUCGGAGAGACUUACUCGGAACAUAAUGGUCAUAAUGGUCCAAGUCGACCCUUUGAAGGCCCAGGGUCAAAGGUCAAACCGGAGCGGAAGUGCCAACAACAGCAGCAGCAACAGCAGCAGCAGCAGCAGCGAAAGCACCAGCAAUCACGUCCUCUGCCUCCUCGAGACAGGAAGUGGGCCCGGUCGGGGCGCAGCUCCGGCAGACACUUUGCCGAAGUCAAAAUAGAGCUCGGGCCCAUGCCGUUCGAUCCGAAAUACUAGCAAACGUUUUCGAUAUUAGUUGUUUCUAUUGUAGCUCUUAGAUUUGAAAAUAAAAGUGGCUGUUAUUGCAAAACUGUUUGGAAUAAUGGUGCGUUCAGCUCAUGUCAGCUCACAAUUACGGUAACGUACAUGACACCAAAAAUGAUAUAUUGUUAGAAAAGAAUAGGAAACACCUCACACGUGUUAGAGUUAAAUCGAGAGUAAACCCCGAAACCCUUUCGGUCGUUUUGUUUUUGACGUAACAUCACAGUUUCACAACUUUUGAGAAAAUUCUGACAUGACAUGAACGCACUAUAAGACCAACGAACGCAUCGCUUCCCUUUGCCUUCUCGCCCCAAAUGUUGUGAUUUUGCACAAAUCUAAAUGCUCUAAAUGUUGAACGUUUUCUUGUUGUGUGUGUAACGCUAAUCUGCGGCUAGGUUUCAGUGGAGUCAGUAGGCAAACACAGACGUUAAUUAGCUAAUAGUUACUGCAAGAAAACUAUAUACAUAGUGAUGUAUGAAACAAAACGUUUGAGAAUGCACUUAAUUUAAAUUAAGCACUGUGUGUUGGUAAGAGAUAACAGUUUAUUUGUAAUAAAUAGACUAAUUUAAUUGCGCACAUUGUAAUUAAUCCUGCGUAGGACCAAAUAAUUAAGUCUGAUCUACUGAGCUUUCGGCUGAAGCACACUGAACUGUGGAUGACUUUUGUCGGCGUGUAGCUUGGUGUUCAUUAAGUAACUUUACUGCUGCUAAAUGUCAACACAGAGCAAAAUGUUUGUUUCCAUCCUGAGUGUGUUGUGUAUUUCUCCUUUUGUUGUGUCUUGCUGGAUAGCUUACAUUCCAGUUGAAACGUUUUAUUAUUUUUUUUUUUAAAUUGUCCAAAAAAUUAUAAUUCUUUUUGUUUGCUGUUUUGCGGUUCAUGGAAAAAAAACAAAAUAAAAUUGUUAUUUUGCUUGA